UUGACAGAGAAAUUUAUUACUCUUCCUCAAGUACAAAACCAGAAAUAUUUUUGAAAACAAAAUAUUUGAACUUUUUUGUUAUAAAUGCUAAAAUCUAGGUACCAAAUAUGAGUCUUGUAUAUUAUAUGCUGCCAGCAGAUUUUGGCCUUUAAUUAUCACUGAAAUGGAGAGAGGACAACUUCUCUUGAGCACAAUGAAAUAGCUUUCGGAAAUAACGAAGCAAAUUAACGACAAGCACAAAGAGAUUGACAGAGACAGAUUUACAAAACCAACUUCAGUGUUGCCGUCUGAUUCUUUAACCCCAAUUUCUUCGUUCAUAAAUCAGCACAACCCUCCAAUUUUUCUCUCACCACUUUUAUUUUCAUCGUCACCUUUUGUCCAUAUUUUUCUCAUCCUGCUUUUUACUCCUGUUAUACUACAUACUCUUUUCACAGCUCACCAUAACUAGCCCUUAAAACCUCAUUCUUAGAACCACUUGGCCAAGCCGAAAAGAAGGCAAAAAGAAAAAAACUGUUACCUCAACCAUCAUGGCCAUGGCGAAGCGUGGCCGGAAAGAGACCAAUAAAAGUCUCGAAAGUCUACUUGACAUGGACAAAUCCGCAGCUAUGAAAAAUGCACAGCCAAUUCAAUCAAGAACAUUAGUUCCUGGUCAAGGCCUUGAAUUCCAAAACCUUUCAUACAGUGUGAUAAAGAAGCAGAAAAAAGAAGGGGUUUGGAUUAAUAAAGAAGCUUAUCUUCUUAAUGAUAUCUCAGGACAGGCAGCAAGGGGAGAGAUUUUAGCCAUCAUGGGGCCCAGUGGUGCUGGUAAAUCAACAUUUCUUGAUGCCUUGGCCGGACGGAUUGCUCAAGGAAGCUUGGAAGGUUCUGUUAGGAUUGAUGGAAAACCGGUUAGUGCAAGUUACAUGAAGAUGGUGUCUUCUUAUGUGAUGCAAGAUGACCAGCUCUUCCCCAUGUUGACUGUCUUUGAGACAUUCAUGUUUGCAGCAGAAGUAAGGCUUCCUCCUUCAAUCUCUAGAGAUGAAAAGAAGAAAAGAGUUUAUGAACUCAUUGACCAACUUGGUUUACAGAGUGCAAUGCAUACAUAUAUUGGUAAUGAAGGUAGAAGAGGAGUGUCUGGAGGAGAAAAGCGCAGGGUUUCUAUAGGAAUUGAUAUUAUUCACAAGCCCUCGCUGUUGUUCCUCGAUGAACCUACCUCCGGAUUGGACUCUACGAGUGCUUACAGUGUGGUUGAAAAGGUUAAGGACAUAGCUCAAGGUGGUAGCAUGGUACUAAUGACCAUCCAUCAGCCUUCAUAUCGAAUUCAGAUGCUCCUAGACCGCAUCAUAGUUCUAGCAAGAGGAAGACUGAUAUAUGCAGGAAGCCCUCUUGGCCUGUCUGCCCAUCUCACCGGCUUCGAAAGGCCAGUUCCUGAAGGCGAGAACAGCCUGGAGUAUCUCCUAGAUGUGAUUAAAGAGUAUGAUGAUUCAACUGUAGGAUUAGACCCUUUGGUUCUGUACCAAAGGGAUGGUAUCAAACCUGACCAAGUUGCCAGAACUCCAAUUCCAAAACCACCCAAAACACAAAGAACUCCAAGAACAUCUCACCAAAAGACUCCAACACCAAAGCAAUUGAUCACCCUCCAUAGUCAAGGAUUUUCCUCUGGAAACAUGACACCAGUUCCUGAAAAUGGCCAAUUGGAUUACCGCUAUGAAGACGAAGAUGAUGAUUUCGAUAACUCCCUGGAACGUAAAACGGUUCAUACUCCACUCAGCAUGCAGAGUGGUGUUUACAAUCCUCGUUUGGCUUCUCAAUUUUAUAAAGAUUUCUCCAUGUGGAUCUACAAUGGUGUUAGGGGAACACCUCGCCGCCAACCUUCGUGGACACCAGCUAGAACUCCUGGAAGAACACCUGGUAUAACACCAAAUUUUUCUGGUAUAAGAAGCAGCAUGGUUUCAAGCCAAUUUCCAACUCCUCAGAUAAACCCUUCUGCGGCUAAAACCCCUGUAGUUUUCAGUACCUCCAUGGAUUCUUAUAUGACUUCUUAUGAAGAGUUUGACUUGGAAGAAGAAGAAGAAGCACUUGAUGAACCAGAACAUCAUGGACCAAAAUUUGCAAAUCCAUGGCUCAGAGAGGUUAUGGUACUCUCAUGGAGGACAGCACUAAAUGUGAUCAGAACCCCAGAACUAUUCCUCUCUCGUGAGAUUGUAUUGACAGUCAUGGCUCUCAUUCUCUCCUCCCUUUUCAAAAACCUUGGCCAUCCAAGCUUCAAAGACAUUAACCGUCUUCUCAACUUCUACAUUUUCGCGGUUUGCCUGGUUUUCUUCUCCUCCAAUGAUGCUGUUCCAACUUUCAUCCAAGAGAGAUUCAUCUUCAUUAGGGAAACCUCCCACAAUGCUUAUAGAGCUUCCUCAUAUGUCAUCUCUUCACUCCUCGUCUACCUCCCGUUUUUCGCCAUCCAAGGCUUCACAUUUGCCGGCAUUACCAAACUUCUUGUCCAACUCAAAAGCAAUCUCUUCUACUUCUGGUUGAUCCUCUAUGCUUCUCUCAUCACCACCAAUGCUUAUGUGAUGCUUAUUAGUGCAUUGGUUCCAAGCUAUAUCACUGGUUAUGCUGUUGUGAUUGCCACAACAGCUCUCUUCUUUCUGACUUGUGGGUUUUUCUUGAAACAGUUUGAGAUACCAAAAUACUGGAGGUGGCUCCAUUACAUCUCUGCAAUAAAAUACCCAUUCGAGGCAUUGUUGGUAAAUGAAUUCGAAGGAGACAAAUGCUACACUGGUAAGCCUGAAGAUCUUUCACCAGGGCCUCUAGGGGAUGUGAGGUACAGUAAACGGCAUAACGAUACCAUUGGUUUUCGACCAGAUUGCUUGUUGAUUGGCGAUGAUGUUCUGUUUUCAAUGGAUAUUACCAAGACAGACAUUUGGAUUGACGUUGCUAUCUUGCUGGCUUGGGGUGUUCUUUACAGGCUUUUGUUCUAUGUGGUCCUUAGAUUUUAUUCCAAGAAUGUUAGGAAAUGAUGCAAGUCUUGUGAGCCUGCGUAUUUCCUUCUUCCGUCUUAAUUCAAUAUCGUGUUAAAAUUUUCAAACUACAUAGCAAAUAUAUUUAUAUAAUUCACAGAUUGUUGAACGAAUUUUUUUUUUUUUUUUUCCCUUUUAAAAUCUAGGAAUGUUAGGAAAUGAUGCAAGUCUUGUGAGCCAUCGUAUUUCCUUUUUCCGUCUCAAUUCAAGAUCGUGUUAAAAUCUUCAAACUAUAUAGCAAAUAUAUUUAUAUAAUUCAUAGAUUGUUGAACGAAACUUUUUCUUUUUUUCCCCCUUUUUUUGACAUCUAGUUGUUCAGAGGAUUUGAUAACGAUAAAAACUUAUAUUUUCGUUUCUUAUUGGAUGCUUCAAAUAAAUCAACAUUCCAUUAUCAACUUGCUAUGGUAUUUUGCAGGGUGUUAUCGUACCCAAUCCCAAUCCAGCCCAAAAUAGUAUCUUGCACAGUUCAUAGUUAUAACUCAAAGAGCAUGGU